UAUCAGGGCAACAUUGUAAAAGUCACGAUGAUAGCCGGGGAGCUUAAUAAUUCUAUAAUUUUAUCACAUAAAAACAACUCGAGAUAAGUUUCGCAAACUUUAACCUUUUAUUUUGACAUAAUAAUAAAACCCAAAUAAAAAUACAAUUCGAAGUGUCUCGAUUUCAGUUGCGGUCUAGCGAUACAAGAGGCGUAAUUGUUAUCAGUGAUAAGUUUUUCAAAUUUUACCUAAGGAUAAAAUGGCACCUACUCUGUACAUGUCUGAGAUUAGCCCUUCUUGCAGGGCAGUUAUGAUGACCGCUAGGAUUUUGGGAUUAACUUUGAAAGUUAAGAAGAUUGAUCUUUGCAAAAAUGAACAAUUGGCUCCUAAUUUUGUUAAGAUCAACCCUCAGCACACCAUUCCAACGCUCAUCGACAAUGGUUUCGUAAUUUGGGACAGCCACGCCAUAAUUUCAUUUCUGAUCGGUAAAUACGGAAACGACGACGAACUUUACAGCAAAGACAUCAUGGAAAGGGCCCUUAUUGAUCAAAGAUUGCACUUUGAAUCUUCUGUUAUAAACAAUUUUACUAGGACAAUCUUGAAUCCAAUGCUUUAUGAAAACGUCAAAAUCGAUAUCGAAGACCACAAAGAAUCCAUCUACAAAACCUAUGCGCUAAUGGAAAAAUUUCUUAGAUGUUUCCCUUGGAUAGCUGGCAAAAAACUGACGAUUGCCGACCUGAGUCUUAUUCCAGCUAUCACGUCUUUGAAUGUAGUUUUGCCGAUUAGCAAACAAGAUUAUCCGAAUUUGUCCAAUUGGAUUGAAAGAGCCGAAAAUUUGCCGUGCUACGUCGAAAAUCAAAAUGGCUUGAAUCAGUUGAGGGAUUUGUUACAGAAAAGAUCUUGUUGUUGUCCCUGCUAAGGGAAAACAAUUUAUUUAUAUAAUAAGUAUCUAUUUUUUAAGCAAUUUAUAUUUGACGAAAGGUUUUUUGAUAAAUUUUGCUCUACAUUUGAGAGGUUUAUUGAAGUAUUUUUAAGGAUUUUUCUUUGAUUUAAUAGUAGGUAUCUUAUUGUUUGUUCAGUUAUAAUAUACAUUUAAUUAUUGUGUAUUUUGUCUUAGUUUCAUGGGACUAUUGUUCUGUAUUGUUUUCAGAUUUUCGUAAUGUUCGAAAUAUACGUUUAUAUAUCCUUUUUUAUACCGAUUUUGCCAUAUGUUUGAUUCUUUACGUAACUUUGCCUGAGUCUUUGGUGUAAAUACUCAUUCUGGGAUACCUACCCAACCUAGACAGCACAAAAAGCCUCAAAGACAUCUCGUUGAAGACUCCUUUAGAAUGUCUUGGAAAAAUAUCAUGAAGACGUUUAUAAGAUGUUGGGUUUUGUAAUGUACGACGUCUUUAAGAUGCGUUGAGCACGUAAUAGUAGUAAUAAAUUUGUGCUUAUUAAAAGCCCCUCGCGGGAAAGGUUUGGGGUAGUUUUGAUUUUCUGCAUUCUUUAUGUUGUUUGGUGUGCUGAAUCCGAAUCUGAGGUUUGCUAACAAAAUUUCGUGACGCAACAUUAAAAAAAAUGCAAAAAAGUGAAAAAAAUUGUAGUUUUGGCAGUCAUUUGCUUAUAAUUCGGAAACUAUACAUUUUUUGAAGGAAAUACCUCUAUACAAAAUGAAAGUAAAUAAAAUUUUCUAUGAAUUAUAUUGGCUAAUUUCCGAUACGCUUGACAGUUAUAAAAUGAAUAAUAAUAAGGAAAUAUUUAGGUAGCAAGAAAAUGUUUCUCUUUCAAUUGAAAUUCUUGAUUUUUUAUCAUUUUUCCUGUUCCAGUCCAGGCUCUUGAUUUUUCCUUUUUCUUUAUUCUUAACUUACUCCUGGCUUUCUAAUAUUUUUUUUCAAAAUUAAUGUUAAGUAGGUAUGUGUUUCCGUUUAAAAAAAUCAAGAAUAUAAGAGCCUAGCGUUUGGAAUAGACAAAAAUUGAAAGUUAUUGAAAUGAGUAAUAAUUAUUAAAUAUCAGUUCUGUGUUUAGGCAGACGUCUGAAAGCGUUGGGUUUUGUAACAUACGCGUCUUCAAGAUGUCUUUGAGACGCCUUGAAGACGUAAGGAGACGUCUAAAAGACGUCUUUAAUGUCGUUUUUGGACAUCUUAGGACGUCUUCAAGAUGUCUCUGUGCUGUCUGGGUAAAUCGAAUAAAAAAAUAAUUCGUCAACCAUUAAAACAUUUUAUUUUAAAAGUGGUACAAACAUAUUUCUAAACUUUUCAAUUCCUUCUAAACUAGCCUCAUAAAAAUGUUGACCUUUCAAUUUAACAAGCCAUGAGAAUACUUUAGGAAAUUUCGUUUCACUUAUCUUAUAGAAAAUUUCUAUUGUGUUCACUGUAGCUAAAGCAGAAAUAUCUGCAAUAGAUAGAUAUUCACCUGCUAAAUACUCGUUCCUUCCUAAAAAGGUUUCCAAAAAUCCCAAAGCAUUUUCGAUCGCGUUUAUUUUCUCUACUGGUAUGGAGGUUGCGUUAUCAUAGAAAAGGGGCCUAACAGCAUUUGCCAUAGCCGGAAACAAUAGACCUGACUCAAAAAAUAACAUUUGAUUCACUAUGGUUCGUUGUUCCAGGGUUUUUGGAUAAAAUGUGCCUUUUUCGUCAAAUUUGUCAGCCAAAUACUGAGCUAUGGAGUGGCUAUCCCAUACAACAAAUCCAUUAUCGUCUAGAGUUG